AUUACUGGUGGUUGUGGUAUGCUCAUAUACUUGCAGGAUUUAGAUCUAUUGUAUUCACUUGUAUGCUUAUUCUUACAGCGAAUGUGUUUGCAAGAACGAUAUUGUAAUAUAUGAUAACUGACAUCGAGGACCUGUGUCCCGUGCACAUGAAGGCAUUCAGUGUAAAUUGUGGCAGACGUGUAAACAAGAUAGUAGUUGUCUAGGUGUUGCAAUUACGGAGCAGCAUUUCACUUCAGUUCACCAUGGAGAAUAUCUCUACCAAUGAAUCAGCUGCAAUGGAUCAGCUUGCAGGUAUUUUCAAUAACAACAUUGUUUGCAGAAACUCAACGAACAUGACUGUUUUGGAUGGAAAUAAGUGUGACAGAACAGAAAUUCUAAAGAGUUCAACCCCAGUGGUUAUUGCUAUCAUCAUCACAGCCUUGUAUUCCAUAGUUUGUGUGGUGGGGCUGGUCGGAAAUGUGCUGGUCAUGUAUGUAAUCAUCAGGUACACAAAAAUGAAAACAGCAACCAACAUCUAUAUUUUUAAUUUGGCUUUGGCUGAUGCUUUAGCCACCAGUACUUUACCUUUCCAGAGUGUUAACUACCUGAUGGGAACAUGGUCUUUUGGUAACGUGUUGUGCAAGAUUGUAAUGUCUAUUGACUACUACAACAUGUUCACAAGCAUCUUUACCCUGACCACCAUGAGUGUCGAUCGAUAUAUUGCUGUGUGCCACCCAGUCAAAGCCCUGGAUUUCCGCACCCCAAGAAAUGCAAAAAUUAUUAAUGUCUGCAAUUGGAUUUUAUCUUCUGCAAUUGGACUGCCUGUGAUGAUAAAGGCGACAACAACACCUGACAGCAAUGUUGCAGGUGUUACAGACUGCACACUGAAAUUCCCUCAUCCUUCCUGGUACUGGGAAAACCUGCUGAAGAUCUGCGUCUUCAUCUUUGCUUUCAUCAUGCCUGUCCUCAUCAUAACUGUCUGCUAUGGGCUCAUGAUCCUUCGUUUAAAAAGUGUACGCAUGCUGUCCGGCUCCAAGGAGAAAGACAGGAACCUCAGGAGAAUCACCAGAAUGGUCCUGGUUGUUGUGGCCGUGUUUAUUGUCUGCUGGACUCCGAUCCACAUCUACGUCAUUAUCAAAGCUUUAAUCACUAUCCCAAACUCCUUGUUCCAGGCAGUAGCCUGGCACUUCUGUAUCGCUCUGGGUUACACCAACAGCUGCCUCAACCCUGUCCUUUAUGCUUUUCUUGACGAGAACUUCAAGAGGUGUUUCCGAGAGUUCUGUAUCCCUACUUCCUCAAUGAUAGAGCAGCAGAACUCCACCCGAACCCGUAACCUGAACCGAGACCACAACUCCAGUGCGCAGACUGUGGAUAGGACUAACCGUCAGGUAUGACUAGCUGUAGAGAUGUCAUCCCUGCACUCACAUUUCCAUGCCAGUGAUGACAUGAAUUCAGAAGUCACACAAGUCACAACAGCGCUUUGAUAGUAAUACAGUGUUCUACAAUAUACUGUAUAUAUCAAUUAUAUGGGUAAAACCCCCGUUACGAGGGGGAUGCAUUGGUUAGACCUCCUAUCUUGUUAAGUCGAGGCAUCAGCCGAGACAGGCGGUCUAAAUAAUGCAUCCGAGAUUAAGGGGUUUUACAAAUGUAUGCCCCAAGGAGAUUUUUGUUUUUAAGUUAUGACAUUUUUACUGAGUAAAUGUAAGUUUUUUGUUUUUUAAAUAGUGUUUAAAGUGUAAUUGGUUCAUUCUUGAUUGUGAAGUAAUUGAUAGGCAGGUGUUGUAGAGAAGUGAUUGGUACACACAAUACUAGGUAUGUGUCUUUCUAUCAUUUAUAGUUUGCAAGUUUUUUUAGAUGCAGAUUCAGUCGCCACCGCUUAGAAUGGCCGCGUUUGCGUUAACGUGAUUCACCCGCAGUAAGUGAUGGACGGUAUAAACUCCUACACAAGAACCUGACAUUCAAAAUGUCCCCCCAAUCACCAGUACAGUAAACAAAACAAACAAGCGUGUAUGCGGUUAAAAAUCUUUAUUAAGACAAGCAUUACACUAAUAAAAAAAUGUAUUAACCCUUAGUGGUCCAUUUUAGUAUUAUUAUUUAAUAUGUUUAGUAGUAGUAAAAUGUCACUGUGACUGAUAACCUGUUUGAAACAGUGACUGUUAAAUAAAGCUUUGUUUUGCCUAAGUCCGCUGCAGUUGGUGCUGCUGCAGUGCAAGCUUACUGUAUAUAUCACAAGCAGCAUCUAUUACGUGUAAAUAAACAACGUGUAUUUUUAUUUAAAUUAUAAAAAUAUGAUUACUGUUCUAUAUAACAUAUUUAUAAACUGCAUGUGAAAUGUUUUAUUCCAUUUAUAUGGAUUACCUGUAAAAUAAUAGGAUUUUCAAUCAAAUAUAAACAAGUAGCUAUGGAGACGUCACCAGUAAAUUAUGCAAAUUAGUACCAUCGAAGGACCGAACCUUACUUCAGUAAUGUGUUCCGAACUUUCGAAGGUCAAAAUGUACCUUUCGUUGCAAGCCUAGUGUAUUGCUAAAUUAAUAAAAAAAAUGUACGCACUAGAUUGGUAUCUGAGAACUAAUGGCGUAGCGGAGGUUUAAUGGAAAUGUGGAGUCUCAAUGCUUAACAAGAGGUCUACACCUAAUAAAACUCCCUAUUUUCCUUUCUUUAAAAAUCUCCAUGCAUUACAAAUAUACAUUUUGCACCUGAACAGUUAAGCUUUGAAAAAUGUUAAGCUUUAAAACUAAUUACAGUAUGUGCUCUAUAUACAUGGCAGUUUGUCCCCUAUCAGUCCAGGGCAGCAGUGUGGAGUAGUGGUUAGUAAAAACCCAACUAUAUAAAUGGGUAAUUGUAUGUAAAAAUAAUGUGAUAUCUUGUAACAAUUGUAAGUCGCCCAGGAUAAGGGUGUCUGCAAAUAAAUAAUAAUAAUAAUAAUAAUAAUAAUAAUAAUAAUAAUCAGUCCAGGCUUUUGUUUAAACCAACUCCCUUUGUAAUUUGUCCAAUGUUUAUGUUAGGACUGUAUGUGCAGUAAAACAAAUGUUGUAUUAAAGUUUACCAUGACAAAUAUCCACAGUAAUUUAAUAGCUUACCAUACUCUUAGUGUGUUUUUAUAGUGGUUAACCGUGGUUUCUCUAUGCUUAUGUGUGCCUGUAUGUUACCAUUCUUUCACUUUCUUAUGCUUUUAUCAUAGUAAACUGCUGUAAAAUUUUAGAAAGGAAGCACAAGAAGAAACGUGUGCACAAGAUGAUCUUUUACCAUUAUAAAAAGGUAUGGCACAACCACUGUAGCUGCAGUCUACCUGUAAGUUUUAUGUGCACUAAAAGACAAUGCUUGAAAAUUAUAACUUGUUUUGUAUUCGAGGGUAUACAUCUACUGCUGUAUAUAGGAAUGUCAAGUCUUUUAAUUGUACAGGUUUGUGUCCUAAUUAGGGUUGCCACCUGGCCCCAUAAUUCCAGAACACUUUGGGACGGGACAGGGUUUUUAAGUUGCCCUUAAACUUGCUUAAUAUAUACUGCUUCUUAAUGAUCUAAAUCAUUGUGAUAAUACAAAUCUUACAAAAUAAAAAAAGCAUUAAAUAAACAUGUGUAGGUUUAUUCAAGAUACUUUUUUUAUUUUGUAUAAUUAGUAUUUCAGUUCUCAAUAUUUAAAAGUUGCUAUUUAUAUCCUGUUAAUUAGUAAUACAUAGCCCUAAUUUACACGGACUCUCCCAAUUAAAUAAUAACACUGAUCAGGUGUCUGGUGUCAGGAAUAGUGAACAGCUGGUCAGUAUUAAUGAUUUGAGCGAGAGAAGGCGAUAUACUAUUAGAAUCUAUAAAGAAACUUUCAAAUAUAUAUUUUUAAAACUAUUAUUAAAAUAAAUAAAUAUUGAUGAUGGUACUUAUUUAUUUAAUUUGUUAAAAGCUAUUAUUGUAUUGUCAUGCUGCCUCGAGACAAUUAAUCAACAGAAUCAAUUUAGCAAAGGUUUAGCACUCAGUUCAUGUGUUGAUUUCCUUCAGUUUAAAGGCAACUUCAAAAUCCUGUUCUGUCUCACAGUGUUCCGGAAUUAUGGGGCCAGGUGGCAACCCUAGUCCUAAUGCAGGCCUCAAUGUAAAUAUUUCAACAAAAAAUGUAAUAAGAGUUCUUAAACUACAUUUUCACUUUAUAAUCUUGUACAUGUAAAACAUAUAUACUGUAUAUAUAAAAACACACUUUACUCAAUUUGUCACUAUUCAAAUGUUUCCUUGUUAAAAUGUUUUCAGUGUUUCAACUGCCUAAAAAGCUGUUUAUUUGAUGUAUAACUACCCAUAUUUCUAACUCAACAAUGGCACACUGUAUAAGGUUUGAGAUGACAGCUCUUAACAGCUCCACUGAGGUAAUAGGUAAGUGAAACAGUGAAUAUCUUAAAUAAAACUGAAGAUGGAGGUGUAGAAACUACCUUUCUGUAUGUGUGUCUAUUAUGUGUGUGUGUCUCUAGAUUGUAAUGUACCCUAAGGCAACACCAAACUACUAAGUAAAAACUAAACUAAAACUAAAUGUACAGUAUAUCAGAAGAAGGAUAUAAUCAUUGACGUACGAAUAUAGAGUCCUGCCUAAUUGUACAGCUUGACUUAGUGCUUUGACAGAUGGUGAACCACUAGGGUGGGUGGUAUAACAAAUGCAAAUUAUGCGUGUUAUAUUGCUGCACAUCAGUUCCAAAGGAAUAACUUGUGGAAUGAUAGAGUGAACUAACAGGGGCAGCAUAACAAGGGUAGACUGAACUUUAAACUUGGGAGUAGGUAACGUAUGCCUCUUGCCAUUUUAAAUGGCAUGACAUUAUUAUAUUUUAACAUAUUUUUAAAGUUAUUAAAAUGUAUAGGCAUUUAUUUACCACAAUUUGAUUAUUUCCAUCAGUUUUAAAUGAUGUCCACGAUUUUUGUGGCCAGGAUAUUCCUGUAUCAUAGUAGGUGGGUGCCUUGUAUUUGUCACGAUAAUGUUGAUGAUAUUUUAAUUAAGUACAGUAUGCAGUUUGUAAAACAGGUUUAUAAUGAUAAUGUUUCUCUAUAUAUGGUUGUUUAAAAUUCAGUUUACAGACAUUUGUUUUUUUACACAGCGCUGUAAAUAAAUAGUAGUUAAGGAAAUGGGGAUUCAGUAAAAAUGAUAUGGAUCCCAAAAUGAAACCAACAUAUACUGUAAAGCAUUUCUGUGCAUCUGUUGUAUAUGAAGUUCUAAGGAAGGUAAUAGAAACAUGUGUAUUUUGAAAUGUCCUUAAUCUUCAUUUUGAUUAAAAAAAAACCCUGAAAUGAA